CAUGGCGGUGUCCGGGAAUCUUGGGGAUGGAGUAACCAGUACCACAGCCGUAGCAGUCUCUUGAUUCCUUUUCGCCACCUUCAUGCGGGACUGUAUCCAUCGGCGGCCGAGAUAUCACAAACACCCCGCAGGCUGCUCGAGCUUCUCGCCAUGGCCGACCGCGGCUUUGAGUUGUCGGCUCUGCCAAAAGAGGUCAGGGACCAGCUGGCGGAGUUGGACCUGGAGCUGUCCGAAGGUGACAUCACACAGAAGGGCUAUGAGAAGAAAAGAACCAAGCUACUGGCUCCAUACAUCAUCCAUACCCCAGUGGCACCACCCCAGAGGAAUAAUGUACAGCCGCCCGCUCCCAGUUCCUCUACCACCCAUGGGCCUCCCCCCUCUAGCUCAUCCCGUUACCGAGAACGACGCUCUCGUAGGACGCAUCGCAACGGUGGAACCAGGGAUGACCGCUACAGAUCAGAUAUUCACUCUGAAGCAGUACAAGCUGCUCUGGCUAAACAUAAAGAAGAAAAAAUGGCGCUUCCCAUGCCUACGAAACGACGUUCAACCUAUGUGCCGUCCCCCAUUGAAACACGCACACCACCAGACUCCUCAUCGGCCUCUGAGGACGAAACUUCAGUGCGCAGGCAGUCGUCAGUGGUCAUCCCCGCCCCUUGUCUCAAUCCCAACCAGCAGAGCCCCGACUGUUGGAUCAACCGCUCGGCCCAGGGCUCGUCCACAUCCUCAUCGGCCUCAUCCACCAUGUCCCAUGGAGAGCCCAAGCCGCAGCAUCACAACCAGCCUCAGCCUCAGUACAAGCCUCAGUACCAACCUCUGUACAAGCCUCAAUACCAGCCGCACCAGCAGCCGCCACACGAGCCGCCGCCGCCGCCACACGCUGCAGCCAUCACCGACAUGAUGGCCCACAGUCGCAUUGCUCCCCCUGAGAACAGCGCCCCACCUCCAGAUGUGACCGCUGUUGCACUUCCACCCAGAGGCCCCCGAGUUGACUUGCCCUCCAACGCAACGGUCCGUGGUAUGAAUCGAGGACAGAGCCGGUCCAGCAUGAUGGAGACUGCAGACGGAAGAAUUAAUCUCCAGAGAGUUCCAGUGAACAGCAGGGUGUCCACUAAGAUCCAGCAACUUCUCAACACACUGAAAAGACCAAAGAGGCCCCCACUUAGUGAGUUCUUCACUGACGACUCGGAAGAGAUAGUAGAAGUCCCACAGCCAGACCCCAACACACCCAAGCCAGAGGGCCGACAGAUCAUCCCAGUGAAGGGCGAGCCUUUGGGGGUGGUCAGUAACUGGCCCCCAGCCUUGCAGGCUGCAUUGGCCAGAUGGGGGGCCACGCAGGGGAAAAGUCCUGCCCUAACAGCUCUCGACAUCACAGGCAAACCGCUCUACACGCUGACUUAUGGGAAGCUGUGGAGUCGCAGUGUGAAACUUGCAUACACUCUUCUAAACAAGUUGGGCAACAAAAAUGAGCAGAUUCUUAAACCUGGGGACAGGGUGGCACUUGUGUACCCCAAUAGUGACCCUGGUAUGUUCUGGGUGGCUUUCUAUGGCUGCCUCCUCGCUGAGGUCAUACCUGUUCCAAUAGAGGUGCCACUCUCCCGCAAGGAUGCAGGCAUCAGCCAGGUGGGAUUUCUUCUAGGCAGUUGUGGUGUGGGCCUGGCACUGACCAGCGAGAUAUGUCUGAAGGGUCUACCCAAGACCCCCACUGGAGAAAUAAUGCAGUUCAAAGGAUGGCCUCGGAUGAAGUGGGUGAUUACGGACUCAAAGUACUUGACCAAGCCUUCUAAAGACUGGCAGCCGCACAUCCCGACAGCCAACACAGACCCUGCCUACAUAGAGUACAAAGCAAAUAAGGAGGGUACUGUGGUUGGUGUGGCAGUAUCUAAGGUUGCCAUGCUGACCCACUGCCAGGCAUUGACCCAAGCCUGCAACUAUUGCGAGGGUGAAACAUUAGUGAAUGUUUUAGACUGUAAGAAGGACAUGGGUCUCUGGCAUGGGGUUCUCACGGCUGUGAUGAACAGGAUCCACACUAUCAGUGUUCCAUAUGCAGUUAUGAAGGCGUGUCCUCUCUCUUGGGUGCAGAGAGUUCACAUUCACAAAGCCCGUUUAGCUUUGGUGAAAUGUCGGGACUUGCAUUGGGCCAUGAUGGCCCACCGAGAGCAGAGAGACAUCAGCCUGGUAUCAUUACGUAUGCUGAUUGUUGCUGAUGGCGCCAACCCCUGGUCGGUUUCUUCCUGUGAUGCCUUCCUGAACAUUUUCCAAUCCCAUGGCCUGAAGCCUGAGGUCAUCUGUCCCUGUGCCACAUCUCCUGAAGCAAUGACAGUAGCAAUACGCAGACCGGGUUUACCUGGGGCGCCGCUUCCUGCCCGUGCUGUCCUUUCCCUAGGAGGCCUUAGCCAUGGCGUCAUCAGGGUCAACACAGAGGACAAGAACUCUGCUCUCACUGUGCAAGAUGUAGGGCAUGUCAUGCCUGGAGCUCUGAUGUGCAUAGUCAAACCAGACGGACCUCCUCAGUUGUGUAAAACAGAUGAGAUAGGCGAGAUUAUAAUCAACUCCCGGGCUGGAGGCACCAUGUACUAUGGUCUUCCUGGGGUGACCAAAAAUACUUUUGAGGUAAUACCGGUCAAUGCUAACGGAGUUCCCAUCGGAGAGAUUCCAUUUGUGCGGUCCGGACUCCUGGGCUUUGUUGGGCCUGGCAGUUUGAUCUUUGUGGUCGGGAAAAUGGAGGGACUGCUCCAAGUGAGCGGACGGAGACACAAUGCCGACGACCUUGUGGCUACCGCACUUGCUGUGGAGCCAGUCAAGACAGUGUAUCGUGGGAGGAUCGCUGUGUUUUCGGUCACUGUGUUCUAUGAUGAGAGAGUCGUAAUUGUGGCUGAGCAGAGACCAGACGCCAGUGAGGAGGACAGCUUCCAAUGGAUGAGUCGGGUACUUCAGGCAAUUGACAGUAUCCACCAAGUGGGCCUCUACUGCCUGGCCUUGGUCCCAGCCAACACUUUACCGAAAACACCCCUGGGGGGCAUCCACAUAUCAGACACCAAGCAGUUCUUCUUAGAGGGCAACCUCCACCCCUGCAACAUCCUCAUGUGUCCACACACUUGUGUCACCAACUUGCCUAAACCUCGUCAGAAGCAGCCAGUUGGUGUUGGUCCGGCAUCUGUGAUGGUUGGAAAUCUGGUGGCUGGGAAGAGGAUCGCCCAGGCGGCAGGCAGAGAGCUCGGCAUGAUUGAAGACCAGGAUCUUGUUCGGAAGCUCUGUAUGUGGCCCACCGUCAUGCAUCAAUACUUGACAGAGGCUCUACAGUGGAGGGCCCAGACAGAUGCAGAUCACGUCCUUUAUGUUCUUCUUAACGCCAAGGGUGUGGUUGUGAGCACAGCAACCUGCAUUCAGCUUCACAAGCGAGCUGAGAAAAUCGCUGCUGCACUAAUGGAGAAAGGCAGCAUCAACACUGGAGAGAAUGUUGUUUUACUUUAUCCUCCUGGUAUUGACUUGAUCGCGUCAUUUUACGGGUGCCUUUACGCUGGCUGUGUACCCGUAAAUGUUAGACCGCCACACCCUCAGAACCUGGGAGCCACUUUGCCUACUGUCCGCAUGAUCAUUGAUGUCAGUAAAGCUGCGUGUAUCCUCACAACUCAAAAUCUCAUGCGGAUACUGCGCUCCAAAGAGGCUGCUGCAUCUGUGAACAUUAAAACCUGGCCAACAAUAAUCGACACUGAUGACCUUCCUCGUCGUCGACCUCCUCAAAUUUAUAAGCCGCCCACAGCGGAGAUGAUAGCGUAUCUGGACUUCAGCGUUUCCACGACAGGCAUGCUCACUGGGGUCAAGAUCUCGCAUGCAGCAGUCAGUGCACUGUGUCGCUCUAUUAAGCUGCAGUGUGAACUGUACUCUUCUCGCCAAAUCGCCAUCUGCCUGGAUCCUUAUUGCGGUCUGGGCUUUGUCUUGUGGUGCCUCGCUAGUGUUUACUCAGGUCACCAAUCCAUCCUCAUACCUCCUUUUGAGCUAGAGAGCUGUUUGUCUCUGUGGCUAAGCACCCUUAGUCAGUACCGCGUCAGAGACACCUUCUGCUCUUACUCUGUCAUGGAAUUUUGCACUAAAGGGCUGGGCACGCAAACAGAGUUGCUCAAGGCCCGUGGGGUCAACCUGUCGUGCGUGCGGAGUUGUGUGGUGAUUGCAGAGGAGCGCCCUCGCCUGGCCCUCACACAUUCCUUUUCCAAACUGUUUAAAGAUCUGGGAUUGUCCACCAGAGCUGUCAGUACCGCUUUUGGCUCCAGGGUUAACCUGGCUGUCUGCCUCCAGGGUACCACAGGUCCUGAUCCCUGCACAGUUUACGUGGACAUGAAGUCCCUCCGCCAUGACAGAGUGAGGCUGGUGGAAAGAGGUGCACCUCAAAGUCUUCCCCUGAUGGAGUCUGGCAAGAUAUUGCCAGGUGUCAGAGUCAUAAUCGUAAAUCCAGAAACCAGAGGGCCACUUGGAGACUCUCAUCUUGGAGAAAUCUGGGUGAACAGCCCUCACAAUGCAAGUGGCUACUAUACCAUUUACGGCGAGGAGAGUCUACAAGCGGACCACUUUAACACUAAGCUGAGCUUUGGAGACCCACAGACCUUAUGGGCCAGAACUGGAUACUUGGGCUUUGUGAAGAGGACUGAGCUUCUGGAUGCCAGUGGGGAUCGGCAUGAUGCUCUUUUUGUGGUGGGCUCCCUGGACGAGACCUUGGAGCUUCGAGGGCUGCGCUACCAUCCCAUUGAUAUUGAGACAUCUGUGUCUCGUGCCCAUCGCAGUAUCGCUGAGAGUGCUGUGUUUACGUGGACCAACCUUCUGGUGGUGGUGUCGGAACUGUGCGGAUCAGAGCAGGAUGCGCUGGACCUGGUGCCUCUAAUAACAAAUGUGGUCCUGGAGGAGCACCACCUCAUUGUGGGAGUGGUUGUCAUUGUGGACCCCGGGGUCAUCCCCAUCAACUCCAGGGGGGAGAAGCAACGCAUGCACCUUCGUGACUCAUUCCUGGCCGACCAGCUGGAUCCUAUAUAUGUUGCUUACAAUAUGUAAGAUCUUGAGGUGAUCUGGACCAGCUCGGUAUGUACUGUCACAGAACCCCACAUGAUGCCCCACUGCAUGUCUGUGACUGGACCUGUCAUGUUUGGAUAUUCACUGUGUUUUAGUGAUAGAUUUGUGCAAAUCAUUCUGAAGCAGCAACACCAAGCUGCUAGGAGCUUUUGAUUAAAAGUGGCCCCUAAAAAAGAAGCCAACCACACAAGACCACUUUUUAAAUUCCGUUUUAUUGCCUUCAAAAAACUUACAAUGGCGUACCGCAAGCAACACGUCACUUCCGUUCAUUAAUAUUCAUGACAUUAGCUUAGGGUUACCAUAUUUUGAUUUCCAAAAAAAAGGACACUUAGCCCGGCCUCAAGAUACUUGAAUUUUACUCGAAGUUCACUCAAAGAUGCCUAUAUCAUUUUAACAUAUUUAAAGUGUGCCCCCUCACUCUGGAUGGAAAAAUACAGUUUGGAAAAAAAAACUAUAUAUAUAUAUAUAUAUAUAUAUAUAUAUAUAUAUAUAUAUAUAUAUAUAUAUAUAUAUAUGUAUAUAUAUAUAUAGAAUGCAGACCCAUGGAAAUGUAGUCCAGUCAAUACACAUACACAGUAGGCUAUGUGCCAACUAAACAUUUUUAUAAAUUACUAUCAUGACAAUUGUCCUUGACGAACUGUUAUUCCCAUUCAAUUGAUAUUCUCAUUCAGUGUUCUAGAUUGCACACGAACAAUAACCGAAAUAAACUGACAAACUAUUCAACCAGCAUGUUUCCAAACGUAGCAGUUCAAAACUACGUUUCCCAUAAUGCCUAGCAUGGUUUAGGUUACUGGUAACUAGCUAAGGCAAAAAUCAAACUUUGCUAUAAAAGUUUGCAAUACGACACCAAACGGGAUUUUACAGUCAAAGCUCCGACAGAAGUCAACAGUUGCCAUUAUAUACGUAUUUAUCGUAAAAAACUAAACAACUGGGCAGGCGUUGUGGCCGAAUCGUCAGCCCAGUAGAUGGCAGUAAUGCCUCAUUAUAGGGGUAAACUGCCAACAAAAACAAGAAGAACUACACCUUCCCUCCAUACUACUAGGAGCCAUGUCAUCGCAGGCAAGUGCUGCCACCCAGCGGCAGGGGAGAUUCUCUUCAAAUUGGUCUCGUGAAAAAUCAUAAAAACUGGACAUUUUUAUGAAUUUAUAAAACUUGCCCGGACGACGAGUAUUCUACGUGAAAGUAGGACUAGUCCGGGCAAAAGAGGACGUUUGGUCACCCUACAUUAGCUACUGUUGCUAAGUAGUAGGGACAAGCCACCGGUUGUCGCUAAUAAGAAAUGAAUGGAAAUUGUGUACAAAGGAGAUGUUUACAGAGCUAAACCUACCAAUUCUCUCCGAAAAUGAUGUGCCUGGUGCCAGAUUCACUGGCAAAGAUGUGGAAGUACAUAAAAAUGUUCAGUUAAAGAGAUGGCUUGAGUGUCGAAGGCUGAAAAAGACGGGAAAAAAAACGAGCCGACCUAAGCAUAGCCUUAGCUUUUUUUAUCGACGCGACUGACAAUGACAGUCUCCUGUUUCAACAAGCUAUCCUAUACCAUCAGCCCUGUCUUUCUUAUAUAUCCUCUGGUUGUCCUUCGUCUCUUACCGUUCUUGGGGGUAAUUUAGUUAGCUUUGUGUAGCGAUCGCAGAUGCUACUCAGUGACAGCCAACGAACACUUUUAAUUUUUUCAUUGAUAACAAAUCCCCCUUACUAAAGUUGUUUAUAUAUAUAUUAGAGAUGUCCCGAUCGAUCGGGAUGGCAAUGAGAGAGGAUGUAUCGGCAUGUCAGUGGAAAUUAAACACGCCAAAUUUUGGCUAAAAGACAACUUAUUCUCCGUCAGUUCUUCCUACGAAUGCAACGUUGAGCUGCAACCACCUCAACCGAUCACGUCAUUUUCAAAGUAUCGGAAUCGGCAAAAAAAUAUCGGACAUGCCUUUUUUUUAAACAUAUAUUUUUUUUAAAUAAAUUGUUUUCUAAUUGUAUUUAACGUUACAGACAUAAUAUGUUACACUCAUUCAGAGUCUUUAGUUUAGGCUUAAGGUAGGGUUGUCAAAUUUAUCCCGUCGGUGGUAAUUAUUAUUAUUAUUUUUUAAAUUUAUCACGUUAAAAUAUUUAACGCAAUUAAUGCAUGUGCUGCACGGCCCACUCACGCAUUGUCGCAUUCAAUCUGUAAUGGCUCUGUUUUACCUAUAUAUAGAGCUAUAAGGCAGCGUAAAAUUAGUAGAAUGAAUUUAGGCAGCCUGUGGAGCCUACUUUAAAUUGGCUAAAGCCUUACAAUCCCUCUCCCUACGAUUAGAAAUAUCGUGGGAAGUAAUGUGGGGAAGAAAGGUAGUAAUGAUCUUUUUCUUAACACCCUAUGUUAUUUCCCAACGCAGAGAAGAUAUAUCAAUUGUUACCACUACGCACAGUCAUGGGUGCACUUCCCAUCAUGCAUUUGGGCAGAACAGAUGGCUACAGUAUCAUUUACUGAACGCUCAACAAAUACACUAGAUGGCAAUAUUUAGUCACAAUAUACAAAGUCACAUUUAUCCUUUAAGAAUUACAAGUCUUUCUAUCUGUGGAUCCCUCUCACAGAAAGAAUGUUAAUAAUGUAAAUGCAAUCUUGAGGAUUUAUCGUCAUAAUAAACAAAUACAGUACUUAUGUACUGUAUGUUGAAUGUGUAUAUUCGUCCGAGUUUUAUUCGUUUUUUUCUUAAUGCAUUGCCAAAAUGUGUAUGAUCGGGAAAAAUGAUCGGGAAUGAUUGGAAUUGAAUCAGGAGCAAAAAAAAUCGGGAAAUAUCGGGACCGGCAGAUAUUCAAGCUAAAACGAUCAGGAUCGGAUCGGGAGCAAAAAAACAUGAUCGGAACAACCCUAAUAUAUAACAGAAACGGUAACAAUGGCAGUCAGAUACCUUUGUAAUUCUUUUCAGGUCAUUCAUUGUCAGACAGAAGCAGUACGGCACAACGUUACGCUAAAAAAAAUAAAGUAAAAAUAUAAAAAUGGCUUACCUCUUUGUCCUCUGAAAGACCAUGACAACCCAACAAAAUGUUUACUGCAUUUGAAAUGUGAACGGAUUCACCGAGCUGGUGUUAAAGUCCGCGGAAGUUGAUUCGGUCUUCACAUUUUUUCCUCCCGAGUUUUUGGUUUCCGGAAACGUAUCAAGAAAACAUCCUUCAUGUGUCGUAAUGUCUAGAGUCGUUUCUACAAGUUCCAAAAAAGCAAUGCGUGAUCGGCAUGUUCGUUUUUGAAAGAUUACUGGAGAAAAGUGGCACAAAUUACGUUGUUUCUAUGCGAGGGCGGGUCUAUAAUGUCCCACUUCGGCUUUACUUCCGCUUUACGAUGCGACGUCACGGUCUAAAAAUAGCAUGCGUGCGGUACGCCAUUACCACAAACCUCUUGAAACACGUUCCUCUUAGUGGUGACACUGACUCAAAGAGCUACUACUCAACUUGAAAUCUUUUUUACAUGCAACUUUCAAACAAGUGUACACAGAUGCACGUGCUGAGCCGGUGUCGUUUCCCUCAAUUUUUUUUUUUUUUUUUUUAAUACAAAAAAUAAUUUUUGACAGCAAUUGUGUAACGAGCUGCUCGUCUGCUCAUAUUUAGCUAGAUAACAUGUCCUAAGAUAUUAAAGCCAAAUGUUUUCUCAGCUCUCCUGCCCUGAUAUGCUAUAUUUCCUGCCUUAUAAACUUUCAGCCAUACUUUCCUCUAAUUCAUUUGAAUAAAUCUAUUUUUAAUGGCUGUUUAUUCUCCUUCGGCUUUGAUUGGCAAUCCCGACACAUAGCCAAAGGUGUCAAAUAAAUAAGACCUGUACUGUACUUUAAAGUGUGUCUGUAUUUUCAAUACUCUGGUGACUGUAAAGAUAUUUUUAGGUUGUACAAAUGUAUAAAAUUCUACGCCUACCAGCUGAUAAAUCCGGAAUGGUUGACUCGGCUGUGAAAUGGUAGCAGAAAGACUGUAAAUAACAUGGAAAAAAUUGAAUCGUACUUGCAGUGGGGGUCAGAAUGAAUAUCUGUAAAUCACUAGACAUGAGAAAUCAAAGGAUAAUGUUGCACUUUCUUCAAAAACAUCUAUUUUAUAUUUUAAAAAUAAGGCACUAUGACUAACAUUUCAGGAACAUUAUCUGGCAUAGGGCGCUCGUGAGUUUACAAGGAUGCCAGUCGCCAUUUAAGGCCGCAAAAAAAAACAACUUUUUUUUUUAAUAUUGUAAAUGAUCAGCACUAAGAACGCGCCUUUCUAACUUCACAGCACUGAAAGCGCUUUACACCGUUGUCUCGUUUUGCCUAACACAUACCCGUGGUGAUGCGAGAACGUGUGCACAUGCAGAUGACAAGCAAUUAAAGGUUACGAAUGAUGGGAGAAACAUCUAAUGACUGUUCAUAGGCUGCCAGGUUAUUUUAUUACUAAAAGAAAUGCACCAAAUUCAUGAGUGUGUUAUAUUGGUAUGGUAUUGAAUUACAUCUUCUCCAUUUUUAAGGUCAUUGAAAUGUGCGUUGUCUUCGUGGAACAUUUUCAGGGUUCAUUUUCAUUUCUGUUAGGUUUUUGGGGGGACUCGUUGUGCCGUAUUUGGAUUUCUUCACCAUUUGUAAGCUUUUGCGAAAUACAACUAAAAGCCAUCUAACGCUGAGGGCAAAAGAAAUGAUUUAAAGUCAUAUGGAAAAAUUAGGACACCCCAUUAAAUAUUCAGUUCUUUAUUAAGAAAUGUUUACAUAUCAAUAUCUGAUCUUGUUUUUCUUUAUCUCUUGAAAAGAAAGUGGUUUAAUUGCAGGUAAACAACAAAAAUUAACUUUGUUUCAUCAUAUCAUUAUUAAAUUAUUAAAUCAUUAUACCAAAUCUAAAAAAAUGCAUACUCUAACUGAAGAAAAAGUUAGGACACCCGAACAUCUAAUAGCUAGUGUUACCCCCUUUGGCUGAAAUAACGUCAGUGAGACGCUUUUAGUAGUCUUGACAUCGGUCUGGAGAAAGUUUUCCCCACUCCUCAACGCAGAAUACUUUCAGCUGUGAGAUGUUUGAGGGGUUUCUUGCAUGUACAGCCCGUUUCGAGUCACUCCACUGCAUCUCAGUGGGAUUAAGAUCUGGGCUUUGACUCGGCCAUUUCAGGACUCAUUUCUUCCUUUUCAGCCAGUCUUUGGUGGAUUUACUGGUAUGUUUUGGGCCAUUGUCAUGUUGCAAGGUCCAGUUUCGCUUCAGCUUUAAUUUUUUCACAGAUGAUCUCACAUGUUCUUAAGCACCUGCUGAUACAUGAUAGAAUUCAUGGUGGAUUCUAUGAUGGUGAGCUGGCCAGGUCCUGCUGUAGCAAAGCAUCCCCAAACCAUGACACUUCCACCUCCAUGCUUCACAGUUGGUAUGAGGUUCUUUUCCUCGAAUGCUGUAUUGGGUUUACGCCAAACAUGUCCUGUUUCGGUGUCCAAAUAAUUCAAUUUUAGAUUCUUCUGUCCAGAGAAGGUUUUGUCUUUGCCUACAUUCACUCUGGCAAACCUCAGCUUGGCUUGGCCUUCAUGUUCUUCUUGAAGAGCAAAGGUUUCCUCUUUGCCCCCCUCCUAUGAAGGUUAAACUUGUGAAGUCUCUAAAUGUGUGGCCCCGUGUGGACAUUUCAGUGUUUUUGGAGACUUCUUUUCGCAUCUUGCGGUCUGGUCUCGGGGUGAACUUGCUUGGACGGCCAGACCUGGGCAUGUUGGCAGUUGUUUUGAAUGUCCUCCACUUGUAGACUAUUUUCCGCACAGUGGAAUGGCUGAUUUUAUAUUAUUUUAAGAUCUUUUGAAGUCCCUUACCAGACUCAUAAGCGUCUACAAAAUUCCUUCUGAAGGCAUCAGACAGCUCCAUUGAUCUCACCAUGGUGUUCUCUCUCACUUCAACAGACAGUCACUGUUGAAAGUAUUAGAUGGCUACAAAAAGCGUCUUGCUGAAGUUAUUUCAGCCAAAGGGGGUAACACUCGCUAUUUGGUGGUAGGGUGUCUUAACUUUUUCCUCAGUUAGAAUAUGCAUUUUUGUCGAUAUAUUUGGUUUAAUGAUCAAAACAAUGUUAAUUUGUGUUGUUUACCUGCAAUUUAAUCACUUUCUUUUCCAGAGAUAAAGAAAAACAAGAUCAGACAUUGUUAUGUAAACAUUUCUUAAUAAAGAACUGAAUAUUUAAUGAGGCGUCCCAAUUUUUUCACGUGACUGUACAUUCGGACGCAUGUGCAAACAAACUGUAAUUGUAUGCGUUUCUUAUACUCUUUGCCAUCAUUUUUAGAGACUUUAUAUUGGGAAAUAUUAGUAUCUUGGUCAUGAACCCUUACUGUUCAUUUGUGUAUGUUUUUAGACAUGUUAUUUGCAACCUGACUAACAAUGAUGGACAUUCCACUGCAAGCUCUAAACUUGGUAAUGCAGUGCUUUGCGCUCUGUAAGUCAUCUUCAGAUAUGUUUUAUUAUUCUCAUGUCAUGUUUCGCUGAAUGCAUUACGUUUCAAAAUCUAACGCUUGUCAUUUGGUUUCACCCCUCCCUUGCUUUAACGGUGCAUUCUACUUUUGCAGUAGGAUGUUUGCAUGACAAAAAAACAAAAACUUUGAUUUGCAUCUCUUCUUGAGAUAGAAGCAAAAGCGGGAUGGAUGCACAUAUAUAUUUAUAUAAUGUAUAUAGUAUUGCUAUAUGGAUAUGUAUGUAUUCAGGGAACCAAACUCAGCUAACACAGGGAUGGACCAGACGGUCCCUUGGUGCAAAUCAUCUAAUAUACAAUAUUCAGAAUAAACUAAUGAACAAAGAAGAGCAUAUGCUUUCCAUCUCCAUUCUACAUGCAUUACUAAGAAGUCUAUACAGUAUAUCUUAUUUUGGCUUCCUGCUCUCUGCCGGCUCCUACACUAUGCAAACCUAAUAUGGCAGUGCCGUUUUAUUCAAGCUUGCACUGUCUGGUCAGCAAGUCUCAUACAUUUUUUUAAUUACUGUUAAGCACCCUAUCACAUCUCUAAAGUACUUAAAGCGAUGUUAAUAUUUCUCAAGUUGUUCUGUUAAUAUUGUGUAAACACCCCUCGCAUGUUGUAUAAAUAUUAAGUAUUUGAUUACUUCUUUACUGGUCCAUAAACAUGUGAUUGCACUAAAGGAUGCAGUUCAACUCAAUGUGGUCCAGAAAUCCAGUUGGUGUACCCCUUUUGUUUGUUGUCACUUAUUUUCAAAUUUGCUCAGUUGUGCUUUGUUUUAUACUGUAAAAGUACUACAAAAAUAAAAGCAUUUAAUCAUC